AUGAAUGGGGUUAUCAAAAUACCUGAUACGAGAUUUGAGCAGACUUUCAGGAGAGCCAUUGAUCGGGAAGUUGCGAAGCAAAAUGCGUUGAGUGGAAAAAGCACGGACGAUAAGAAAAGUGGUCCCAGUGCGUAUGUUAUAUGUAAAGUGGUAGUGCGAGAUGUAUUGCUGAUGCCAUUUAUACAGAGUGUGUUAUGGACUGGGUUCUUGCUGGGGUUGAAACCAUGGUUAAGAAUGGUAGUAGGUUUUGGUAGAAGAACCGGUGAGUACUUGAAUAGGGCACUUUAUGGUGGUAGACUCCCAGGAGGUAAGACGGCCACAAUUUAA